CAGGAGCCAGCUCUGGCCAGUCCAGGUAGCGACACUGCCACCUUCAGUCCCUCCCUUCACAGCAUCCUCAUCUUGCUCUCGAAUGCUCACCAGCAGUUAGGCGGGAGUGACCCCUGCGCUUCUGCCAACCACAGGCCUGUUGGGUUUAAAGAAAAGAGAAAAACUCAGACAAAGUCACCACAUUGAAAUAGUUGCCUUGAGGAAGCUGAGCGGAGACCUGUGAAAAGAUGAACGGACCGGUGGAUGGCUUGUAUGACAGCUCUCUCAGUGAAGAAGGGGCCUUCAUGUUCACCUCGGAAUCCGUAGGAGAGGGGCACCCCGAUAAAAUCUGUGACCAGAUCAGCGAUGCGGUGCUGGAUGCCCACCUCCAGCAGGACCCCAAUGCCAAGGUGGCCUGCGAGACGGUGUGCAAGACGGGCAUGGUGCUGCUGUGCGGGGAGAUCACCUCCAUGGCCAUGGUGGACUACCAGCGGGUGGUGCGAGACACCAUCAAGCACAUUGGCUACGACGACUCUGCCAAGGGCUUUGAUUUCAAGACCUGCAAUGUGCUCGUGGCGCUGGAGCAGCAGUCCCCAGACAUCGCCCAGGGCGUCCAUCUGGACAGAAACGAAGAGGACGUCGGUGCUGGAGACCAGGGCUUGAUGUUCGGCUAUGCCACCGACGAGACGGAGGAGUGCAUGCCCCUCACCAUCAUCCUUGCUCACAAACUCAACGCCCGGAUGGCAGAGCUGAGGCGCUCGGGGGUGCUCCCCUGGCUCAGGCCCGACUCGAAGACUCAGGUGACAGUGCAGUACAUGCAGGACAACGGCGCGGUCAUCCCCAUGCGCGUCCACACCAUCGUCAUCUCGGUGCAGCACAAUGAGGACAUCACGCUGGAGGACAUGCGCAAGGCCCUGCAGGAGCAGGUGAUCCGGGCCGUGGUGCCCGCCAAGUACCUGGACAAAGACACCAUCUACCACCUGCAGCCCAGCGGGCGCUUUGUCAUCGGCGGUCCCCAGGGGGAUGCGGGCGUCACUGGCCGGAAGAUUAUCGUGGACACCUACGGCGGCUGGGGGGCGCACGGUGGCGGGGCCUUCUCCGGGAAGGACUACACCAAGGUGGACCGCUCGGCGGCUUACGCUGCCCGCUGGGUGGCCAAGUCCCUGGUGAAAGCAGGGUUGUGUCGGAGAGUGCUUGUGCAGGUUUCCUACGCCAUCGGUGUGGCUGCGCCACUGUCCAUUUCCAUCUUCACCUAUGGAACCUCGCAGAAGACCGAGAGAGAGCUGCUGGACGUGGUGAACAAGAACUUCGACCUCCGGCCUGGCGUCAUCGUCAGGGACUUGGAUUUGAAGAAGCCCAUCUACCAGAAGACCGCGUGCUACGGCCACUUUGGAAGAAGCGAGUUCCCGUGGGAGGUUCCCAAGAAGCUUGUGUUUUAGAGCCGGGAGCUGGCCUGGCCCCAGAGGCAUCUGGGCGGCCGCGUUCCUCUGUUCCAGGACCCCAGCCCCCAGGUCUCCCAGACCGAAGGCGUCGUGUGUGGCCAAGAGGGUGCCUUUCCCCACACUCCCUCCUGGCCCUUGGACUUAGCCCUGUUUGUCAUCAUCACGAAUGGCAGGAAGCAGGCAGCUUCCCGGUGCUGAGGACAGUCACGGGGUUCCCCUACCUCUCCCUCAGACCAACGCGAUGCUCAUUUAGUAGAAAAACCAUCCCUCCAGGAGUUAAUCCCCGCCCUCGCCCUCCUCCUUCCCCCCAACCCAAGCCCUGACCGCCUCCUGCUCACUGUCUCCUGGUGGGAGCCAAGGUCAGUGAAUCUCCCAGCUCUCUGGCCAGCGCCCUGAGCUAGGGUCCCCCGCCCCCUGGCCAGGCUGUGACAGGCACAGGGCAGGGCUGACAUGGUCUGAGCUAACUAACCACUGGUGCCAUCUCUUCCUCAGUCCACGUGCUAGGAAGCACCUUCGUCACCUCGUUUAUAAGCGGGGAGAUGACACACAGACCAUCCAGGGAGCUUUCACACAGUCCCACAGCCACAGUGUCAGGGCCUGGGCCCCACCCCUAAGCUCGUUCCAGAGCCAGGUCUGAGCCGUGGGGACGCAGAAUGCAGCGAGGCUGGGCCUCUGGCCUACUGACGCGAGGUUGCUGCGAAUCAGGGGAUUAGCCACCGGCUUUUGGGGAGCCCUGGGCAAUGACCUGCAAAGUCAGGGCAGAAACAAAGCAGUUCCAUUUGCCUCAUUGAUACCAGGAGACGGUUCAGGGUGAGCUGGCUGGGCUGGAGUCUGGAGUUAAGAGGCAACCAUAUAACUCAGCCCCUGAUACUCAGGCUAAGGCAGGGCUGGGCUGUGUGGGCCUCGGGUCAGUGGCCCGAGUCCAGUCCAGUCCCAAGUCCCAGACGUCUCAUGGUCAGUGUGACCUCGGGAGCAGGACUUGAAGCCCAGUGGUGGACAAGUUGGCCGAGAUGUCAUGGGAGAUUCCGCGUUGCCCGGUGGCUUCUGGGGCAGCAGGUCCACUCCCGAGGAACCCAAGGUGUCCUCAGUGCGACAUGGUCUUAGAAGUUGUCUGCUCACCUGCCUCUCCAUCCAUGGCCGGUACCCCCCACCCACCCGUGCUCAGCCUGGGCCUCUGGCACCACCCACCCACCUGUCCUCAGCCUGGGCCUCUACCUUCAUCCCAGCUCCCAGACCACAGGCUCAGGGAGGGCCUCCACGGGGACCGGGCUCCUUUCCGGGCACACGGAGCUGGCUCUGGCGGGGCAGCAGCCGGAUGCCUCUCCUGGCGUGGACAGCCUGCUCCUGGGCUCUGGGCCUGACCCAAGACCCCAGGGCUUCUCUUUCCACAAGGAAAGGAUGCUCCAGGGCAGGAGCAGAGCCCCAGUUACUCCCAACCCCAGAGCUUGUGGGGCCACAGGGAGCUCUGCUCCCCUGUUCCCUGAAAGCCACAGGUGCUGUUCAGGAGAGGGAGGUGCACUUUGCAGGUGGCAGAGUUCCUCUAACUCGGGUUAUAUUUGAAGUGAAAAUUGGAAUUUUAUACCUUCCUCACCCCUGGAGGAGAAAGAUCUUCUUCCUCUCUGUUGUUUUUACAGAGCCUAUGGGCUCCUGCUGGGCAGUGAAUAAAGACCAGCAGAGCAACUCUC